GGAAUUAAUUAAUUUCUUAUUAAAUAUCCAGAGUACGAUGGUCGUGGCAUCGUUAUUGCUAUUUUGAUUAUAGAAUAGAUCCUGGUGCUGUGGUAUUGUAGGUGAUAAGUGAUGGCAAACCGAACAUUUAAGCAUGCCUUGACUGCAGUGGUGAUGAAAAUAUUGAUGCAAGUACUGUAGAACAAUUAGAGGAAGGACUUAUAACUAUUAUUACUGGUCAUAAGUUAAUGAAAUUUGAGACGAGUUAUUCUAAUCCAACCACUGUCGAAGAUAAGUUGGUCAAAGAAGACUUGCAAAUGUGAGUCGAAGCUUUGUAAAAUGAAGAAAAAAGUAUCAUGACGUGGGCACAGCGUAUGACUGCAUUGUCUAUCAUAAUUGAAAAAAAUCUAGAGAGUCUGUAUCGAUAGAUUUGAAGAAGGUAAUUUGGAAGCAAGAAUUCAUUUUGGCGAGUACUCACUUACCCAUUAGUGUGCUACGUUAGCUCAGCAAGAUCAAUUACAUAUUUCUGCAAAUAUUUACGAUGAAGAUUAAAUGAAAAUAUUAAAUUCACUAAAUACAAGGAAAUUUUAGAGAAUAAAGCUACAGACAAAGUUUCCGCGAAAAAAAAAAAUUCAACUUGGAAAAUUAUUGCCGAAAAAUAUGCAGAAAGUUAUGAACCAAAACCUUCUGACAGUAUCAUAGUGUUUUGGAGGAAUAUCAAAACCAAAGCCAGGAAAUAUUCAAGUGCUCUGAAAGCAGAAGCUAUGAAAACAGGAGGAGGGAAAACAAGUGUUGACAAUGAUCCGGUGAUGGAUGCGGUUUUGGGUGUCAUACAUCAAGCAACUGUUCGAGGAUUUAUUAAUAAGUAUGAUAAUGAUGGUGAUUCAUCCACGGUGGCGGAUAUCAUUAAUGUGGAGGAUGAGGGAUCCGAAAACGAUGUUUUUGAGUAUUUGCUGAGCAACCAACAAGUUCGGGAUUGGGCGAAAAUCGAUCCAUCUAAUUUAAAAUCUAAAAUAAGUGCUCCAUUAAAAGCCAACAAACAUAAAAGUACUUCAGCCAAACCGUAUGAUAACGUCCUUCAAGAAAAACAUAUGUCUCCAAAAGAUGAGCUUGCAGCUAUAUUAAAAGAGCAAGCUAUUGAAAAACAUCAAUAUGAGAUGGAAUUACUUAAAAUUAAAAUUCAAAGAGAACAUUUAUUAUUUGAGAAAAUCCAGGAAGGAGAAUAUUUCCCUGCUGAUUCUAACAGCGAAUAAUUUUAAUGUUUGUUUUAUUUGCACAAUAACUUGGUAUUUUUUAAAAAUAAAAACUUAUUUAAAGUAAAUAAUAAAUCAUCAAAUAAUGUAUUAAAGCACUGUACAGUAAUGAAUGACUGGAUAUAACAAUAUACUGCAAUAAUAACUAAUAUUUAUUGUUAAACUGUA